AACCCUACUCUUUCAUCUCUACGAUCCUCACUGCGUGCUGGCUUUUCUUCAAUGAUUCCGUAACAAUGGCGAUCAAAUCACAAGCCGCAGCAUCUUCAAUCUCUCGUCUCAUUUUCAGUAAAAUCAUCUUCAAGAAACCCCCUAUCAAACCACUCUCCACUUUCCCUCACUUUCCUACCGCCCAAACACCCCAUUUUCCGUUUCCUGGAACCAGUCGAUUCUUCUCAUCGGCUCGAACAGUGCAAGAGCUUCUCGCUGAAGUAGAGCGCGAAAAGCAGAGGGAGAAAGAGCAGAGGAAAAGAGCGGGCCUCGAUGUGAAGGAGAUUGACGAUGAAGACGAAGAGGACUACAUGGGCGUUGGCCCAUUGAUCGAGAAGCUUGAGAAGGAGAAGCUGAAGAGUAGUGGCGAUCUCAACAUGUACGAAGAGCGUACCGAUUCCGACAGCGACGAGGAUGACGAGAGGUUCACCACCGAGGCCGUCAAGAAGCGCGCGGAGGUGUUUGAGAAGAAGUUCAAGAGGCAUGGGGAGCUACUCAAUAACUUCGCUGAGGCCGAGACACUUGAUGAUGCUUUCAAGUGGAUGACUAGAAUCGACAAGUUUGAGCAAAAACAUCUCCAGCUCCGCCCAGAAUACAGGGUUAUUGGUGAAUUGAUGAACCGUCUUAAAGAAGCAGAAGGCAAGGAUAAGUUCAUUCUUCAACAGAAGCUGAAUAGGGCAGUAAGGUUAAUUGAGUGGAAGGAAGCUUAUGAUCCUAACAAUCCUGCCAAUUACGGAUACAUACAGCAUCAACAAGUGGGACCCAAUGUUGAUCUUCUGGAACAUGCUGGGUUUGAGAAGGAGAAGCAAAUGAUUCAAGGGGCUGAGAUGGAUGAAGAUGAUGAUGGUGAGUUUGAUGACAUGAAAGAGAGAGAUGAUAUAUUGUUAGAGAAGCUUAAUGCCAUUGACAAGAAACUUGAAGAGAAAUUGGCGGAGUUGGAUCAUACAUUUGGUAAAAAGGGGAAACUUCUAGAGGAGGAGAUCCGAGAUCUGGCAGAGGAGAGGAACUCUUUGACAGAGAAGAAAAGAAGACCUCUUUAUAGAAAAGGCUUUGAUGUGAAGCUGAUUGAUGUAAAUCGAACAUGUAAAGUUACAAAGGGGGGGCAAGUGGUCAAGUACACCGCUAUAUUAGCUUGUGGGAACUAUCAUGGUGUUGUUGGUUAUGCAAAAGCAAAAGGCCCAGCAAUUCCAAUUGCCCUCCAGAAGGCAUAUGAGAAAUGCUUUCAAAAUCUCCAUUAUGUUGAACGAUAUGAGGAGCAUACGAUUGCUCAUGCAGUACAGACAACAUAUAAGAAAACCAAGGUGUAUCUCUGGCCUGCACAAACUACUACAGGCAUGAAAGCAGGCAGAACUGUCCAAACCAUUUUGAAUUUAGCUGGUUUCAAAAAUGUCAAAUCCAAGGUAAUUGGCUCAAGGAAUCCCCAUAACACAGUUAAGGCUCUGUUCAAGGCUCUCAAUGCUAUUGAAACUCCCAAAGAUGUUCAAGAGAAGUUUGGUCGGACGGUUGUGGAGAAGUACUUGCUGUGAUAAUCUUGAGGCAGAUAAUUUGUCUUGGAUUUCAGAGGGUUCAUAUGAUGAGGAAAAUGAAAUUUUGUUACACAUUCUUUUCCCUUGAAUGACAUGUUUUUUCCCCUUAAAAUGGGUAAAGGGGAAAGAUGGAAAUGGGGAACUUGGUGCGAAGGUAGUGCAUUUCCAGGAUAGAAAACAAACCCAGAGACCCUGGGGAGUAAAAACCUAGGAAUUUCCAACCUUCUACAAACCGGAUCUUUUUAGGUAUAUUUCUUAGAUGAUCUUUUUCCUUCUUAUUCAGGGCCCUUUUAUUUUCAUCCUUCUUUCAUGCCGCUGAAACCUUUUUGGUUGCACAGUCUUAUCCAGAGUACCUUAUUACUUGAAUAAAAUGUUCUUACAUUAUUUGCUGCA